UGACACUGACGAAUAGCGUUUUGUUGUCUACAGCAUUAAGUUUUUUCCCGCAAUGUUGAUUGUUUUUUUUUAUUCCCCUCUUAUCUGUGUAUCCUAGUUCACUGUUCUAAAGAGAUUAAAAGUACACCAACAUUUUUUACUCUAGAGUACGCUAAAGGACAACAUACAGAUAGAGAAAGGUUUGUGUCAUGCGCCAUAGCUUCACAUCUGAAACUGUAAUAAAGGAGCUGGAUUACACGUGAGAACUUCUCCCAAAGAAAGAUUUCACCAAAACGAUUUGGACUUUUAUAGAAGAACAAAAUGAAACAAAAGUUGAAGUUUGACGAUGUCAUUGAACUGCUUGGUGGUUUUGGGAUGUACCAGAAACGUUUAUAUUUACUGGUAGUGAUACCAGCAAUGUGGUGUGCCAUCAUGACUAUCAUAACAGUGUUUACAGUUGGAGAACAGGAUCAUAGAUGCAAGAUUCCAGGCCUGGCAAACGAUUCUUAUAAGCAUCAUGAUGUAUACACCAACAAUUCUGAACCAAAGCUAUUUGAUGAGGAAUGUUCAAUAGUUGUAAACAUUACAGGAAAUGUAACAAAGACAUGUGACAGCUGGGUAUACGACACAUCUGUCUUCACGUCUACAUUAGUAUCAGAGUUCGACCUUGUAUGUGAUAGAAAAAUACUGCAGUCGCAUGCUAGCAUGGGGAUAUUUGCUGGAGCAUUAGUAGGAUCUGCUCUAUUUGGUACUAUUGGCGACAUAUUUGGUAGAAAAAUAGCAACCUGUUUGUCUUUGAUGUUUAUGUUUGGAGGACAUCUUGGAACAGUUUUUAUUCCAAAUUACUUCUCUUUUAUAAUUAUGAGAUUUAUUAGCGGGAUUGGUAAUAUCGGCUAUUGGAAUAGUGCAGUCAUUCUAAGUAUGGAAAUGGCCAGUCCAAAGAAACGGGUAUGGACAGGAAUGUUAAUAGAGGUGGCAUGGGCUACUGGAGAAUACCUUACUGUAUUCAUUGCAUACUUCGUACGGCAAUGGAGGCAUUUACAACUCGUGUUUGCUGCACCAAUUGGACUUUUUCUUAUAUACUGGAAAAUCCUAGAUGAAUCCCCUCGAUGGCUGGUGAACAAAGGUAGAAAAGAGGAAGCAGGAAAAAUCUUAACACAUAUAGCGAAAGUAAAUAAAACAGAAAAAAUACCAGAAGAUAUCGAAGUUUGUGAAGAUGAUCAGCCUAUAAAAGGAUCUUUUUUAGUUACUAUCAAAAAAGUUCUGAGGUCAAGGGUCAUGGUUAUUCGAACUUUGAUUAUGCUGUUUAAUUGGAUAACAGUUAAUGCUGGAUACUAUGGACUUACAUUAAACAGUGGAAAAAUUGGUGGCGACAUCUACGUUAAUUUUACCGUAUCAGUAACUAUGGAGAUAAUAGCUUAUAUCCUGUGUAUUGUAUUUCUAGACAGGAUUGGACGACGAACACUUCAUUGUUCAUGUAUGAUUAUUGGCGGAAUAUCUUGUCUCUGCUCAAUUUUUCCAGUGAUUUUUGGAAACGAGACACAUCAAUGGAUAAUAAUAACAUUAUCCAUGAUCGGAAAGUUGGGUAUUUCAGCAGCUUUUGCCGAUAUUUAUUUUUUAAGUGCAGAAUUAUUUCCAACAUCAAUACGUAGCUUUAUAUUAGGACUAUCUUGCAUAUUUGGAAGGCUUGGCUCCCUUGCAUCUCCAUAUAUUGCUGAUCUGGGUUUGUUAAUUGAGAGUUCGUUUGGUAAAGCAUUACCACUACUUGUCUUUGGAUCUAUGAUGCUUGGCAGUGGAUUCAUGGCUUUAACAUUGCCUGAAACAAUGAAUAAGAAAAUGCCAGAGACGAUAGAAGAUGCUUUAGCAUUAAAAAGAAGUAAAAGUAUUGACCGAAAUAAUCCUGAAGUUUGUAUGGAACUAACAAAGGAACAUCUGUUAUCAUAAAAUAUAAAAAAUAAAUAUAACAGUGCAAAGGACAGUUCGCAGUGAAAGGUUACACCGUCUGAGUCUUGUUUGGAAGAAAGCUCUUUUAAUCACCAUAAAGCAGCUGGUUACAUAUAUACCAUUGUGUUCAGCUUCUAAUGUAUGAUGUAUUGACAUAAAUAAUCUCAACGAAUCAAUGCAUAUACUUGGUGGCAAUACAACCGGUAACAGUUUAUAUAAUUGAAUAAUUUAUAUUUUUUGUACAAGAUAUGAUUUUUUUGUGUAAAACCGGAAAUUCGGUAUUUCUGCAGCUUUUAUGGACUUUUUUUAUUAUUUACCCGGGAGUUUGAUAUUUUUGUUGAUACUUUUUAUUAUGUGUAUAUUGCUUGCAUGAGCCAAGAUUGAAUUUUGAAUUUGUCUUUAUCGGUACAUUUUCAACAUGUUAGGGUGAACUAUAGCAUUUCAGGCUAUAUUAUUAUGAUAAUAUGUGUGUACUUACAUGAAUAAAAGCCAUCUAGUUCCGAUCCGUCCACGUAAACCAUUAUCUCUAUAGUACAUAGUACAACCUACCAUCUAUACUUAUAUAACAUGACAUAAACGAAUUUUAAAUGUUGCUUAUUAUGUGUCAUGUUGUAAAUGCUUUAUGCAAUAGCGUAAUAUCAUUCAUUUCAUUUUUUAAAAUAUACAUACACAAAGGCAUUGGCAUCGAUUCAGAUUAAAAAAAAUGUUUGAUGUCGUUAUAAUUUUGCACUUUGUUGGGUCUUCAAUAACAAAUAAAAGUAUUAUUGUAUUUGAAUUUUGGAAGACCAAAAGUUAAUAUCAGGAGUACAAAAUUGCAUUAAAUAAUAAUGCUUAAUAAAAUAUUGUCCUUGAUGUUAAUGGGCAAAACAAAAUAUUUUAUGUAACUGAGACAGAUUUUUUCCGUGUGUAAACCUUAUUAUGUAAAGCCAUGACUUACAUCUACAAAGUAUUGACAGAAUUAAAAAAAAAAAGUUAUUUCGGCA